AAUUGCCCUGAACGCACACAUACGGAAGUUCUCAGUACCCUAUUAUAGGUAUGUACAGUCCGGUAUGUAUAUGUUUGACCCAUGUUUCACUAAGGUUUCGAUAGACCCCGCUUGCCCUGCGGAUAUCGUAUUUGCACGAAGCGGCCAUAGAUAUACUGGGUGAGAUAUUGUGGUUGGAUAAGUACCUGAUCCAACCACAAUGCCCGCAAUAUCUCCGCCACGUCACUAGUGGUUCCGUUGGCGAUGGCCACAGAUUACAGAACCUCUGUGAUCUGUGGUGACAAGUAUUUCGUGUCAGCCUACUUGCCUUCAUCUAUGGGGUUAUCCUCAUAGAUAAAGACAGAAUAAAGAAAGGUUAUUCACAGAUUACACAGGAUAACCUCUGUGAUCUGUGAGGUUAUCCUCUGUGAAUUGUGGUCAGUGGUAUGGUCCACAAAAUAACCCCCUUUCUAUGGGGGUAUGUUCUGUGGUUUGGUCAGUAGCACAGAACAUCGUAAAAUGGCUGAAAUUCCAUCUAAGAAACGAAAAUUGGAAAAACGGAUUGUGCCAAGUGCAGUUGCACACAUACGGAUCCCAGUGCCAAAUCAUCGGUACAGUCCGAUGAGGGAACAAUGGCUUAAACUGUUUCAACCCAUAGUUGAACAUCUGCACCUCCAGAUCAGAUUCAACCUGAAAAGUAGAAACGUGGAAAUUAAAGCCAGCCCUCAGACGACAGACAUUGCCAAUUUACAGAAGGCUGCCGACUUUGUAAAGGCAUUUAUGGAUGGCUUCGAGGUGGACGACGCCCUGGCCCUGCUUCGACUCGACGAUCUUUUCGUCGAAUCUUUCGAAAUCAAGGAUGUGAAGACGUUGAAGGGCGACCAUCAGUCAAGAGCGAUUGGCCGACUAGCUGGAAAGGGGGGCCGCACAAAGUUCACGAUCGAGAACGCCACUAAAACGAGAAUAGUGUUGGCCGACUCCAAAAUCCACAUUCUGGGCAGUUUCCAGAACAUACAACUGGCCAGGAGGGCCAUUUGUAAUCUGAUUUUAGGAUCUCCUCCCUCAAAAGUCUAUGGCCAUCUCAAGAAUGUGGCAUCAAGAGUGUCCAAUUAAACAAAGUACGUGUAUAUUUUAGGUUAACUACGAAAAUAAAGCUUGUCACCAAGAA